AUGGUGAGUCAAUCUUCCCUUUCUACCCCGUCACAAGCUUCACACUGGGCCAAGGCGGCCACACGGUGGUACCGAAGGUGUUCAGAAGCAAGGCUGCACCAGGCGACACAAAUGGAGUCGCAGGCAAACAGAAUACAGGAGCAAUUGCAGGCAGCUGGGGUACAGUUCUCCAGCCCUGGAGGAGACGGUUCGCUACGACUCGGAACGAGCGAUCAAGCCUCCAGUACUGGCGGCGACGCGAGCGCACCAGGUGCUAAAACCGAGUCAUCGGUUCCUGUAGUCGAUAGGUUCACCUGUUUGCGGUAUGGACUUGACACGGCGAGAAAGCAAGCUGCUGCUCUAAGGGACAAACUAGAAAAGAAAGAGCUCUGUAUUGCGCAAGUAGUCGCACUUCGUGUGGCGCAGUCAACGAACCACAAUCCCACUGACCGUCGCAUAGCGCAGUGGUCAGCCCAGGCAAAGUCUCAUUUUUCGGACAACAUCCCGAGGUGGCAAAAGAGGGCCGCGAAGCUGGAGGCCCUGACAGCUGAAUGGGAGCACAGGAUUGCCACAGGCGCCGUGCAACACGAAGAGCCGCAUGAAGGCACCUCCUCCGGCACAGGAGCACCUCAACGGGCUCCGGGAUCAGUGGCUGCCAAACGUCGUCGGCCUCCGAGACGACAAACAAGAUCCGAGAGCGCGACAACUGCCGUCACGACUGUUCCACCUGUGGGCGGCGCUUAUCCCGCCACGGAACCGGAGGGCUCACUACGUGGGACACUGCUUGGCAGCACUGUUGAGUUGCCAGGUACUGGCCGGGUGUCUUUCGCCCAACUUGCUAUUGACAAGUUGAGACGAGACGCUGAUAGUAGACUCCACCAAUGGCGGGAUCUCGAUAGUCACGUACGGAGCACCAUCGCAUCCCGCAUGAUCCGCGAGAGUAACCGAAGUCCAUCUCCAGCGAUGCUUCGCCGAUGGGUACACACGGCGCAGGCCAGUUACACGUAUCGCUCAUGUAUUGGCCACCAGGAAGCCAGGGAUUUGAAAAGCAUCGCCGAGGAUAUUGAGAAAAAGGCUGCAGCAGCAGGCGUCUUGCUAAGAAGUUCCCAGGAACCGACUACGCAAGGACCUGAACCUCCUAGUCAACAGCCAGCUACACAGACCGACGGGAUCUCAGGCGGAUCUGCACACACAUCGGCGCCCGAAUGUAGCGGCAUAACGUUCGCACACAUUGCAAUUGCCGACCUACGGAGACACGCACAACAGAUACGACAGAAAUGGUGCACUGGAAGGGACGUGUACGUUCUCACCCAGGUGGCAGAACGUAUGGUACGUAACAACAUGCCAUCGCCACCCACUCGUAUCGUGCGGAUGUGGAAGGCGGAGGCGAGUAGCCGACAUUCCAAGCACAGUUCCGAAAGAGCAAAGCAGGCCGACGCACUGGAAGCUCAAGCGCUGGCCCUGGAACAAGAACUCCGCAACCUGCUUGCGUCUUCAUCGGGCUACGAGCCCGAACCGUCACCUGACGCCGAAUCGACUGCGGACCGGUCCAACGAGCCCCCGCCGGGCAAAAGGAACGCAAAACGGAAACACCUGACUGAGAGCAGUGCUGGCAGCCCCGGUGAAAGCACUUCAUGUACUGGUAUUAAGGCUACACCGAACUCACUUUGGAUAACUCCUAUCGCCGCAUUCUCCAUUCGGGGACUACGACAGCGCGGCGGUAGGGGCGCCGACGCAUCCCGCGGAGUCCCUGAGUCGUCUACACCUCAACCGUCCGAGCCGAGUGGGGGAGGUUCGGAUGGAACGCCUGGUCAUUCUGCAGCAGCAACCGAGCUCGAGCCCCUGACUACAGGCCAGCAGUUGCCAGCGCGCCCUGAGAUAGUUCCCGCCGGAGAAACCCCGUACCCUUCUGCCGCCGGAGCAGCCACGCCCCUUCCCGCCUCCGAAGGUGGCCCUGCCGAGAUCGCGCCAGUCCCCCCAAAAAAGAGACGGCUUCUUCAUUUUGUAGCCGCGCAAAACACCGAGCGCCCGUCAUCGCCCUCGCUAACUGCCGCUCCUUUCGGGAGGCGUUCGCCGACACCAACACAGACCCCAGGGCCGCCUCUGGCCUCAGGCCCCCACCUGCCGCCCUCUCUACCGGCGGCACACGACCCAACAUCUGCUUCAAUACCUGCGCGCCUUCCAUCAUGGACGUUGCCGCUCAAAAAGCGCCCAGUCCGCCCAGUCCAAGAACGUGCAACUGUCAUCCAGUGGGCAGCCGCCAGCACCCCCCACAGCGGGCACGGACCCUUCUCGUCCGGACCCCUCGCGACACUCGGCGUUGAAGCUUUAUUUCGUCCUCAUCUACCUCCUUCUGGAGGGUGUUCAGAACCAGAGUCGGCAUCCGGGACUGCCUCGGGUGGUGACACGCCUAUACGACCUCGCACUCUAGAUCCCCAGUGA